AUGUCGACGAAGCCAAAGACAACCCGCACCACUACGGCAAGAACAAAGGCUGCGACGAAUCCGCCACCAGCCCCAUCGAGGACGACGCGGACUGGCACGAGGGCUACACCAACGCCGCCCCCAAGCGAACCACCGAAGAGAAGCACGACAAGGAAACCGCUCGCAACCCGCGAGAACUCUCUCGAGCACAAGACUCCUACUCCGGACAACUCGCAGCCGAAAGCCACAUUGCCGAAGCCUUCAAGCCAAGCGAGCAUAAUAGAUGAUACAGACACAGAGCCUAUUCGAGCCUUUCUUCGCAUACGGCCGCAGUUGGGAGAAGACGAUGAGACGAUGCAACCAAAACCGUAUCUCGAGCCUAUCUCAGAUACAGCCGUACGUAUGUCAGACUCAACACAAUCCUCCAGUCUCCCAACCUCUCGUCUAUCAACUGUGCCACCGUCGUCAAUCUAUACUUUCUCCCACAUCUUUCCUCCGGCAACGAAUCAAUCUGAAUUCUUCGCGAAAACAACCUUACCACUAGUCAAAGACGUCCUUGAGGGGCAAAGUGGGCUAUUGUUCACGUAUGGAGUAACCAACUCUGGCAAGACCUAUACUAUACAGGGAGGUAGCGAAGAGGGGAGUGCGGGUAUUUUGCCGCGGACGCUGGACAUUAUCUUCAAUAGCAUUGAAGGCUUGCACGGAGACGGAAGGUUUCGUCCAGUCCGAUUACAAGGCAUUGAAGCGGCGGUUCCGAGCUGCUCGGAUUCGCAAAGCUCUUCAAUGCACGGCUUUGCACGGUCCAGCUCUUCCCCGGCCUUGGCAGAUGUCCUUGCAGACCCCCCACCCGAAGAUCCCGACACCGACCCAACAACGCUCAAGCUUGACCGAAAUCAUGAGUACACGAUCUGGCUAUCGUAUUCCGAGGUCUACAAUGAGAAGGUCUACGACCUCUUUGCUUCCGUCAACGACGGCGAGCCGUCGUCAGCGCAGACAGCAGGCAUCCGACGCCCAACAUCCUCAUUCCUCAACAUGCCUGCUGGGAACGGCUCCAAGCCACUCCUGCUCACGCGGAAGGCACUGUCGGUGAAGCCGUGCCCACCUUCCGACAACGAUUCGGGUGACGGCACAUCUGGCGGCAAGUACGUUGCCGGUCUGAGGCAGAUCCAGGUGACGUCUGCAGCGAAAGCGAAAGCGUUGCUAAGACUCGGUCAGAUGCACCGACAGGUCUUUGGAACGCUGGCGAACAGCCAGAGUAGUCGUAGUCAUGCGCUUGUGACAAUCAAGGUCCUGCGAGUACACCGAGGCGAGAGAAAUGAUCCAUCAUCCAUUCAAACAUCCCGUCUAACCCUGGUCGACCUCGCCGGCUCUGAACGCACAAAACACACCCACACAACUGGUGACCGCUUGCGCGAGGCCGGCAAUAUCAACAAGUCGCUCAUGGUCCUCGGCCAGUGCAUGGAAACAAUGCGCACCAACCAGCGUGCCGUUGCGCGGAGCCUCGCCACGAGCCAAGACCGCAUCGACACGCGCGAUGUCAAGAGGGGUCUCGCGGUCGUACCCUUCCGGCACAGCAAGCUCACCGAGAUCCUCAUGGACUACUUCGUCGGCGAGGGACGCGUCGUCAUGAUCGUGAACGUGAACCCGUAUGAUACAGGCUACGACGAGAACUCGCACGUCAUGAAGUUUUCGGCUCUUGCCAAGGAUGUUUGUACGACUGCGCCAACGGCAGUGUCGCGUGCGCUGCCCGCUCUGCCCCCGCACCUUCAGCAGCAAGCAAUAACGAAGAGUUUAGCGGGUGAGGGGAGGGCCAACGAUGUCGCUCCUCAUCGCAGGAAGGUUACCAUCUCCAUUGGUGGUAGAGGCGGGCGUGUCGUUAGCGAGACACAUCUGGAGGUGCUGGAAGAGGACGAAGAACGGGGAGAUGAUGAUGAUGCCGACGACGACGAGCCCAUCAACCCACUCGUUGAUGCACUCUUCGACGAGAUCGAACGUCUUCGUAUGCAGGUCGGCCCAUUCCUCCAGUGUUAUUUCUUUGAGAGCGAGAUGCGCUGUGCAAUCAUCGAAGCCGAGACGCGUGAAGAGGUCAUUCAAGAGAUGGAGGGACGCAUGCAGCAGAUGGAGAAGAUGUACAACCGUCGGUUAAUGAAACAGAUGGAGCAGAAUGAGAUGAAGAUGGACGCGAAGAUCGACAUGCUCCAGCGUUCCGGCAUGCUUGGAAAAGCUGCGCCUGCUGUUCCACAGCCUGGGCAGAAAGAGGUCCGCGGAGAUGAGGUACUCGAGGACAUUGAGGAAGAGGGCGAAAUCGAACGAAGCCUGGUAGGAUUGAUACUUUGUCGAACUCGGUGCAAUCGCUGA